CUUUCAUCACAAGUAAAUUCGUAUUAUUUUCAGGACAUACUUUUGGAGCUCUCUACGCAAUCGCCCGCAAAAUUCCUUAUAGACAAAGCAGAAAAUGGCACGCUACCUAGCACAGAUCAUCAUCUUGGGUGCCCAGGCGGUUGGGCGGGCGCUGGUUAAGACGAUGCGGCAGGAGCUGCAGGCCUUCGAGGAUGCGGCCCGCAUCCAGGAGUCGCUGAAGGCCAACGAGCCCAGCAGCGGCAGGAGCACGUUGGCCAAGGGAAUGACCCUUGGGGAGGCACAGCAGAUCCUCAACUUGACUGACCUCAGUGACCGCCAGGCGAUAGACACGCACUACCAGCACUUGUUUCGCGCGAACGAUAAGUCCAGCGGCGGUACCUUCUACAUUCAGUCUAAGGUCUUCCGGGCCAAGGAGCGCAUCGACCAGGAACUUGAGCGGCUGGAGCUGUUGGUCCAGACCGGCGCCUCCCAUUCCUCCCCUCCAACGCCACCGCCAUCGACAUCCCAAUCGCAGUGCCAGGACAAUGAGACGGGCCACAAGAGUCGGUGAUCCUUCCCAGCUGUGUUCCUGGGUUGGCUUUUAAUGGCGUCUUACUAAUCUGUCUGGUCAUCUUAUUUACCAAAUCGUCUUUGAACUUCGUGUACAUGUGUAUUCUUAAAUCGUCAAUUAAAUAUUUUGAUAUGUAAAUGUUCAA